CUUCAAGUUCCUUCCUCGAGGAAUCUGUGACAAGCGCCCAUCUUCGCUGCCAUACUUUUCACAAAGGUGCGUCGCUUGUGAGAGGAACACUUCUUGAAAAACCUGUCCCCACUAUCUUUUUCCAAGCUCAGAGCACAAUGGGUGGUCAAAGCAGAGACGGCGGUAAGGCCAAGCCCCUCAAGGCACCAAAGAAGGGUCCCAAGGAGCUCGACGACGACGACAAGGCCUUCCUCGAGAAGAAGCGCGCCGAAGAAAAGGCGAGGAAGGAUCUCGCGGCGAAGGCCGCCGGCAAGGGCCCUCUGAAUACCGGUACCCAGGGCAUCAAGAAGUCGGGCAAGAAAUAAACUUCAAGACCGAGGACGGGCGUUGCAUUGCGUUGCGGGUUUUCUUGGCUGGGGGGAGGAACAUCGCGGUUUUUGUGUACUUUGGGGCGCAAAACGGCGCCAGAGCGGCAACCUGGGCUCAGGAAUGGCAUAACUCCUCAGGCACGGUCUCUGACGAGAAUAUGAGCCACGUUCUUCACAACCAUUUUCCUUACUUACACUUCUCGUGAGCGCAGAAGAUUGGACAUGCUUCGGAUCGAGGCUCGAAAAAGACCUGGGUCCAUAAUAUUGGAUUUGCUUCUACGGACGGGGACAGAAAAAGGGAAAAUGGAAGCUAGAGCAGGGGAAUAAGGGGACGAAAAGAGAGAAAGGAAAGAGGGGCGGGG